GAACUGGCAGCUGUCAAGCCUGCUGCGUGGUCGACAAGCAGUUCACUGAGCCUCGCGGUCUCUGGUACAAGACGGGGGCCGCAGCAGCCUCUGGAUGAAGAAUGGCUGGACGACGACACGCACUGGCAGCGCUGCGCAGAGUCUGGAGCGCAGGCCAACUGCACAAGAUGCAGGUUCGAAGCGGGCUUUGCUGGCAUGUUACGCCGUGGAGCUCGUGGGUUCCAACCUGAGAGUGACGGCGCUGCUUGGAAGAAUCUGUUCCAGUUCCAGCACCCCCGGGCCGGCUGGAAAACAUGGCUGGUGACCAAACCCCGUGCGUGGGGCGGCAAGUGGUCUAUGGGGUGCUGGAUCUGCUCACAUUACGAGCCGCCAAAGUUUGGUUCAAGUUUUGGACGGCUCGGGGUCUCCAUGAUAAACACAGUGGCCCCUUCCAGCUUCAAAAAACAUGAGGGGAGCCAAAGUCACCUGGAGGCCGUAGCUGCCAUGAAAGCGCAACUGGCUUCGGACAGCAGCGAAGGUCUUUAUACGCAAGCCACAGACACAGUUCCCCGACUGGAAAAGUUUUACCUGGCUGGAUUGGUGGUCUCUCGGCAUGAUACAUUCACUGACUUCGAGCAGUACGUGCGCGGGCUGGCCCUGACAUGCCCCCUGCCAACUGGCUCAGACAUUAGCAGGAAAACUUGCUGCCAGAUGGUUUGCGCGCUGGCGAGGCCCUUGUAUGAGCAGGACCAAGCUGUGAUCGAGCACGCCAGCACCGGCAGCAUCGCGUUCGACGUCAGGGACGGUCUCAUGUUGGUGGUGGGGCGCUUCGCCUAUAGUUCCCUGAGGCCAGAAGUGGAGCAGCACGCGUUUCAGCAAUAUUUGGAAAUGUUGAACGAAACGCUCGGCAACAUGAAGAUCACAACCCGUGAUCGCGCGCAUCGGGUCCGCAGCUGCAUGAAGGGGGUCUUCGACAGCCUCAACCAGAACUACUGCGACAAUCUAUUGGCGCAAUUCACCACGGGAGAGCAAUCUCUGGCGCGCAUGCUGAAGAACAGCGCCAAGUACAGCAAGAUCUUCGUCCAGGCGCAGUUGCGCGAAGCUGACAACUUCAGGAAGGCGAUCAAAAACUUCAGCUUUGCGAUGCAAAGAUUCGACUCGUUGUCGGAGCCGCUGCAUCGCAUCUUUCUGCUGCUCCCUCAAGUCCUGGUCUUCUUGGGGGAGUUGUCCCGCGUUGGAGAUCGCACAGACGCGCAAUGGGCAAGAUCUUUGCUGAGGUCUUUGACAGGCCCGGAAAGCUACAGCAAGGUUUACAUGAAGGCUGGUGAGGUCUCCGACUUUUUGCACACUAUGGAGGUCUUGUUUGAUGACCUGGCCAUUCUGGAUGAAACAGCUGCGGAAGAUACCAUAACGGGGAAGGUUGCGUCGGCCAUCAAGAAAAUGCCAGUCAUCAAGUACUGGGAGCAGGGGAAGGAGCGAGCUUGCAGCAUUCCGCCAGCCAGUCACGACAGGCUUCACCCGGUCUGUAGAGACAUUUACAAGCUUGUCAAAGCCUUUGUGAACACUCAGUUUCCUGAUCACGAGCUUGUGAAUGCAUACGCGGCCUUGCGGCUGGACAAAGCUGUCCCUUGGAACCAGCGGCGAAAACUUCUGAGGACGAUAGCUGCUCACGAGCAAUGUUCGGAUUCAGAUCUGUGGACUCCAGGAUUGAAGAAAUAG